CCGCUAUUCCAUCGCCCUCUCCGUCCGCCUCCACAACCUUCUUCUUCCCUUCCUCUUCUUUCUUCUUUCCCCUUUCCCUCUCCUCGCGCCUUAAAGCCUCCGCAGCUUUCUCCCUCUUCACGGGCGGCAAGCCGGCGCGGCGCGGUUGUUGGGGGGCUAGGAGGAGGAGGAGGAGGAGGAGAGCUCGAGUUCGGCUUCGGCGGCGGCGGGCGCAUGCCGGAGCAGUCCGAGCUGGGGCGGCAGCUCCCGCUGAGAGGCCCCCUCAAGGCCCUGGAGGCCGACAUCCACCACGCCAACACCAUGGCUAAUGCUAUUCAGAGGAACUAUGGUGGAGCAUGUGUGCAGAUGCGGUUGUCAUGCAGCUCCUUAGCGCCAUUCUUUCUGUACCUCAUUCAGUGGCUGGAUUGUGGCUGCUGUUAUACCCUCCCCAGUUAUCUAGGCCUUUUUCACAUUCUCAUUUGCAAGGUUUAUGCUGAUGGUGAUAGCUCAGUAUCAACAUACGAGAGGCGUGCAAGCCUUAGAGAGUUCUAUGCGAUCAUUUACCCGAUCCUGCAACAGCUUGAGGGUAGUUUGAUUGAGAAGGACCUGAAAGGGAAAGGGCGAUGUAAAGACAUAAUGAGUAGGAAGCGGCUGGAAGACUGGAGGAAGCUUUCUAACAAGGAUGUUGAAAGGGAAGAUGAAUGUGGGAUUUGCUUGGAGUCAUGCACCAAGAUGGUUCUCCCUAAUUGCAGUCAUGCAAUGUGCAUAAAAUGCUAUAGGGACUGGUAUAGAAGAUCAGAAUCUUGCCCUUUCUGCCGAGGAAGCCUUAAACGAAUUCGCUCAAGAGACCUCUGGGUAUUGACAAAUUACAAUGAUGUGGUUGACCCUGUAACUCUAGAAAGAGAAAAUGUGAGGCAUUUUUACAGUUACAUUGAUAGUUUGCCUCUUAUACUUCCAGAUAAUAUUUUCUUUUUCUACUAUGAUUACCUACUCUAAUCUGGAAACACCACAAGCUGUGUGUGUGAAAUUAUGAAAGCAGUCAAACCAUUUGUAGAUUUUUGUUUGUUAGAGCUUAGAAGGAUGGUCUUUCCACCUCAAAACACAUUUUACUUCUAGUGUAGAUGCAUAACACUUCUAGAGCAAACUGUAAAUAAAUUCUGCAGGUGAAGUUCAUUGUAUU